CUUCUCGUUACUGGUCGAUUAUUUAUCUAUGAUAACUCAAAGUAUGUCCCGAGUGUAAUAUUUUGAUGAAAUACUGAGAACCAAGUUGUGAAUAUUGUUUCAAUAUGGGAUCUGUGAUUGGAAAAGCAAUGGAUGACAAUAUGAAAAAGCAGCAAGAAUUCAUGUUGGAGACACAAAGAUUAACGAUGGAAAGACAAAUACACAUGCAGAACCAGAUGAGAGAAAGAAUGAUGGCCAUGCAGAUAGCUGGAGCUAGGGAUAUGUUUUUGUGGUGUGCUUCUUUCUAUGCAGUAGCAACACCUGCAAUGAUUGUUGGAGCAGCAAAGAUGCAGUCUAAAGCACCAUUAGCUCCCAUCUUGCCUUUGACCUUCCUUGUAGCUUAUCAGUAUGAUAUGGCAUAUUACUCAAAGAUAGAAAGAAUCAGAGCUGAGGCUGACAGAAUAAUGGAUGAUGAACAAGGAUUAUUAUGUAUUCCACAUGGUGUUCCUACAAUGCAGUCUAUAGAGGCAGCCAGACUUAAACAGAAAGACAAGGAAAGAUUGUUAGGAAAUGAUAUCUGGAUGUAAAUAAGUCAUGUGAUUGUCAUGUGAUUUACAAAUCUGUUAGACACAGUUUGUUAUUCUAGAUGAGUUAUAUGUCUGUCUGGUUGUUGUAAACUGGAACAUUCUCUGUGCUCUGUUAGAUUUUAUAUUUAUAUGCACUUUAUAUGAAUGUUUGAAGGGAAUAUAUGUAAUUGAUGAAAGGAAGCAUCAUUUUAUGAAAAGUAUAUGUAUGUCCUUUUUUAAAAUGUAUAGUGCCAUUUAACUGGUGUGGUGUAAUAAUCAAAGUAUUUGCAGUGAAAUUAAGUCUCCCUUACAAAGUUUGGUGACCUCUAACCCCUCAUAUUAUAAGUAUUUAUUUUCAAAAAAUCUACUUUGAUACUGUUUUGAGAAAUUUCAUUUCUUUUAAAUUCAACUAAUUUUUUUCUAAAUCUACAUUUUGUUUUUCUCAAUUUACUGACAAUAUCUUUUUAUACGACCGCAAAAUUUGAAAAAUUUUCGUCGUAUAUUGCUAUCACGUUGGCGUUGUCAUCUGCAUCGUCGUCCGAAUACUUUAAGUUUUCGCACUCUAUCUUAAGUAAAAGUGAAUAGAAAUCUAUGAAAUUUUAACACAAGGUUUAUGACCACAAAAGGAAGGUUGGGAUUGAUUUUGGGAGUUUUGGUCCCAACAGUUUAGAAAUUAGGGGCCAAAAAGGGCCCAAAUAAGCAUUUUCUUGUUUUUCGCACAGUAACUUUAGUAAAAGUAAAUAGAAAUCUAUGAAAUUUUGACACAAGGUUUAUGACCACAAAAGGAAGGUUGGGAUUGAUUUUGGGAGUUUUGAUCCCAACAGUUUAGAAAUUAGGGGCCAAAAAGGGCCCAAAUAAGCAUUUUCUUGUUUUUCGCACAGUAACUUUAGUAAAAGUAAAUAGAAAUCUAUGAAAUUUUGACACAAGGUUUAUGACCACAAAAGGAAGGUUGGGAUUGAUUUUGGGAGUUUUGGUUAUAACAGUUUAGGAAUAAGGGGCCAAAAAGGGGUUCACAUAAGCAUUUUUUUUGGUUUUCGCACCAUAACUUUAGUUUAAGUAAAUAGAAAUCUAUGAAAUUUUAACACAAGGUUUAUGACCAUAAAAGGAAGGUUGGUAUAUAUUUUGGAAGUUUUGGUCCUAACAGUUUAGGAAGAAGGGGCCCAAAGGGUAAAUUCAACUUUGUUUGAUUUCAUCAAAAAUUGAAAAAUUGGGGUUCUUUGAUAUGCCGAAUCUAACUGUGUAUGAAGAUUCUUAAUUUUUGGUCCCGUUUUCAAAUUGGUCUACAUUAAGGUCCAAAGGGUCCAAAAUUAAACUUAGUUUGAUUUUGACAAAAAUUGAAUCCUUGGGGUUCUUUGAUAUGCUGAAUCUAAAAAUGAACUUAGUUUUUUGAUUAUUAGCCCAGUUUUCAAGUUGGUCCAAAUCAGGGUCCACAAUCAAACUUAGUUUGAUUUCAUUAAAAAUUGAAUUCUUGGGGUUCUUUGAUAUGCUGAAUGAUCAGAAUCCAAACAUGUACUUAGAUUUUUGAUUAUGGGCCCAGUUUUCAAGUUGGUCCAAAUCAGGAUCUAAAAUUAUUAUAUUAAGUAUUUGCAAUAGCAAGUCUUUUCAAUUGUACAGUAUUGCGUAAUGGCAAGAAAUAUCUAAUUGCACAAUAUUGUGAAAUAGCAUUUUUUUUUAAAUUAGAGUUAUCUUUCUUUGUCCAGAAUAGUAAGCAAGAAAUAUCUAAUUGCACAAUAUUGUGCAAUAGCAAGAAUUUUUAUACGACCGCAAAU